AUGCUGAGAAUGGUAGCCUUGCAUGCUUUGAUAGCGACUGUUGGAUAUUUAGUUGUACACGUAAACGGCAACCUAGCGGAUGACCUCGGAGACUGUCUACCAUUUUUACCUCGGACACAGUAUGUGAAAUCCUACGGCGACGUUUGUCUGUAUCUUAUUACUGGAAAACGCUCCUGGAAUGGUGCCAAUUCCAAUUGUCAUGGUCAUGGAGGUCGUUUAGUGCAGAUUCAGGACCAAGACAAACAGGAUUUUAUCUACAACACAUUAAAGGCCAUGAACUGGGGAGACCGGGGGGUAUGGAUAGGAGCCACGGACCACGAUAGUGAGGGGAGGUGGAAGUGGACAGACGGUACGAAGCUGUCUUAUGGAAACUGGCAUCCAGGUGAGGGACCGGCUCACGGAUUCCUAUUCUCUAAGGCAGGAUACGAGGACUGUGCCCUGAUGCGACUCGACGAUAGUGGACGAUGGCACGACUACGACUGUGGGACAAUUUUGUAUCAUCACACAUCUAUAUGUGAAUACCAAAAAGUUGUUCGAGCUACAACAAUGUCACCGACAACAACAACAACUAUGCCGACGACAACAACAACAACUAUGCCGACUACAACAACUAUGCCGACUACAACAACUAUGCCGACUACAACAACGACAACUAUGCCGACGACGACAACAACUAUGCCGACAACAACAACAACAACUAUGCCGACAACAACAACAACUAUGCCGACGACGACAACAACUAUGCCGACAACAACAACUAUGCCGACGACGACAACAACUAUGCCGACAACAACAACUAUGCCGACGACGACAACAACUAUGCCGACAACAACAACUACGCCAACAACAACAACUACGCCAACAACAACAACUAUGCCGACAACAACAACUAUGCCGACGACGACAACAACUAUGCCGACAACAACAACAACUAUGCCGACGACAACAACUAUGCCGACAACAACAACAACUAUGCCGACGACAACAACUAUGCCGACUACAACAACAACUAAGCCGACAACAACAACUAUGCCGACGACAACAACAAAUCAAAUGAAGACAACAGGAAUGCCUGCUAUUACGACAACAUUCGGAGGCAUCAAAAUAGAAUUUGGUACACCACCUCGUGCUCAGAGAAGGAAACUGGUGGAAUCUGACAGUAUAAAGGACGCAGUGGUGACGAGACAUGAUGACAGUGCUAACGAUAACACAGGAACAUACAUUGCUAUCGGUGCUAGCAGCUGUGGAGUUGUAAUCCUGGUGGCGGCAAUCCUAACAGUGUUAUUGAGACAGAAGAAGAAACAAAAGACAAAACGACCAACACAGAGGGAAAUCCUUUAUAUGAUAUCAUGCAUGGAAAUGGAGCUAUCCCAGAAAAUAGCUUCCCGUAAAUGA